AUGGGUGCAGCAGUAUCGCGCGAACAUGCAAAACUACCCUUCGCUUACACCUAUGCCCGCAACGAAGGUCACGCCUGUACGGCCUCAACCUCUACCCCCUCAUCCUUAACCUCCAGCCAACAGCGACUAGCCCAUCGCCUCUUGCUCAUCAGGAACGCCGACUCGACCUCCGUCACACCUCUGUCAACGCAUCGCCCACGCUUGAUGGACGAAAGGGUCAACCCAGGAUCAAUACCACCGUACACAGGACUUGGAAUCGCACCGUCCACAGCGGCACCCUCAUUGAUUUCUCACUCGAGCACGGACGAUACGGAUUCUAAUAAUGAUGAGAUCCUGUCGCUGUGCUCGAUCCUAAACCAGGGUCCUGAACUCAAGUUGCAAUGGCAUGCGGUUGGUCAGGAGGAUCAGGAAGGAUAUUACCUCAGCAAUAACUUGAAUGUUCACACUACCGCAUCUGGCUCAGGAACCAGAGCAGAUGCCUACCAGGGCACAGACUCUGGACACGAAAGCGGUCUUUGCCACUCUCACUCCACGACCCUGAAAUCCAUAUCGAACCAGAUCGCGAAUGCGGUCCCGACUAACCUUGAAACCGUUAUAGACCCCUAUUCACAUACAAGGGCGGGCUCGCUGGUGUCGCCCUCUGUCGCUAUCGCUAUAGGGAUAGACCCAUCCUUGGAAAUACUCGAUACCGCCUGUGCCGAUCUCUCCAUUGAAUGUCCACCAUACACCACGAACACCACCAUUGCUGCAACUACCGCCACUGUUGCCACCACUGCAUUAUCCUUAUCAACUCCAUUGCAACUCUCCAAUCCUGAGCAAAAGGCCAGGGGUGAAUCAAAAGCUUCUGAGCCGAUAGAGCGUCCGGGCAUUCAACCGACUCGACAUCUCCAAAAUUACUCUUUCAGUUCAUUACAACAGGAUCUGAUAGACUCGGAUGAGGAAAUAGACGAAGACAACCUCAAAAAAGACUACAUUAACAAAAGUGACAGGAAAAAAAUAAAUAUCAUAUCUGCGUUGGGCAUCAUGGAUCUAUCAGACGACGACAAGCAAGAGGACAUGUCAUUCAAUUUCUUCAACACAGAGCCAACAUCUUACUCCUCUCCGUAUCAGCACUGGCUUCAAGCAACGACGAGGCGACACACAACCGACAGAGAUUCAUUUCCGUACGGCAAAGGAACCGUACUGUGGCAGGGCCAGGAUGAUGGUUUCGAGGGAAUGGUCCACAUUCCGCAGGGCUUCUUUGAAGAGCACCAACGCCACUUUAGGCCGUAUAAAGGAGAUCCUGAUGAAAGUCUUGACUAUGAAGCUGAUGAGGAGGGUGAGAGCGACUAUGCACAAACCAGAAGGUCAGGCAGGGGCAAGGGCAUCGAAACCUUUAAUAUCGACCACUCGACGGCAAAGCUCGGUUCAGCCAGCUGUUCUCUUUCGAAUUACUCGAUGCUGAUGGCGACGGACGAAGAUGUAGCCCAUCUCAGUCCUAUAUCGUUCUCUGAACUGUCAAGCUUUACAAAUAUUGGACUUUGUUCCCAUGGCAUCGUCAGGCUGUCGUCCAACAUUCGUCUCCUGUCCUCGACAACUUGUCUUCGAAUGUAA